AUGUCUUUCAGAUUUUUCCUCAUUUUUCCUGAAAAAUCCAAGUGUUUGCGUAAAUAUAUAUGCAAGUGUGUUUAUAUCUGGAGACUGGAGGAAAUUGCUAGCUUAUCGGACUUAUCUGCUUCUUCUGGAAUGUCUGCUACGAUGAUGAUGCCUGCGACGGAAUCACAGUCAGUGGCGGCGAAUCUGAAUGCUCCGACGAUGGAAGUAGAGUUUGCUGAGUGCGAUUGUUGUGGAUUGACGGAGGAGUGUACGCCGGCGUACAUGGAGAGAAUUCGAGAAAGAUAUCAAGGGAAAUGGAUCUGCGGUUUAUGUGGAGAGGCGGUGAAAGACGAAAUAGUGAGAAGCGAACGGCUGAUCACCACCGAGGAAGCGAUGACGCGUCACAUGGCGUUUUGUAGGGCGUCAAAGUCAUCUGGUCCGCCGCCUAAUCCGGCGGUUCAUUUAAUCGCUGCCAUGAGACAGAUUCUCCGGCGAAGUUUGGAUUCACCUAGAUCCUUGAGGUCUAUGCCUAGUAGUCCGACGAAGAACACCGGCGCCGGCGCACUUGCUCGAUCGGAGAGCUGUAUGCCGACUCUAACGCUUGCUGUUGUUGAUUCAUCUCCGUAUGAUGAACUGGAAGUACCAGAAGAAUGAUGAACAACACAGAAGAACAAAAAUGGCGAUGAACAAUUGUAAGUUUGAUUCCUUGAUCCUCCAAAACGGAUUUGGGAAAACUAGAUGCUUAAUUUAGAUGAGACAGUUAUUGUAUCUAAACUCAUUAUAAUUACUAGUAAACAACCCUGUUUUCAUCUUGAUAUCAUUUUCCUACAAACAACUUCCAUUUCAAUUUUCAUCAAAUUGUCAAACCCAUCAAUCAUUUCAAGAAAACUUCCAUCAAUUCAAAUUAUACCAAACUUCGUCGGUUAAAAAAGUGUCAUAAAUCAAUACACACCGAAACAAAAAUUUAGUGUGAAAUGAAUAAACAAAUCAUUAGUCAUUUCAUCAAAUCAAAACUAAUAAACUCAAUUGUACACUAAUAAUGCAAGUAUCUUGAAGGUGUUUGACAUGAGAAUAAUCUUUUUGGCUUUUGUGGGCAUAAGUUUUGCUACAACAAGAGAUUCUCACUUUGGUCUUUCUAGCCGCAAGCUAGUUACCUAUCACAAAAAGUGAUAGAAAGACAAUACAAUAAGUCGUAUUGAGAUGCCUAUUUCCUACUGCCUUUAAUAGAACAUGUAUUCUAAUAUGUGAAAAGCAUGUAAAUAUAAUUAUAAAAAGAGCUUGUGAUAUGCAUUGUGAAUCCGUAUCCUAUAUUUAUGUAAAAGACAAAACAACAAUAAAGUUCCGUAAAACCGUAAAACCAAAAGGUAAUGUGAAAAGUAUCGUGUGAAAUGAUGUCGAUUUGGAAUGCUUUGUUUAUUGUACAAUUAUUGAUCGUACCAUUUUCAUAGAGGUAAAAGAGGUAAAAUGUUGAAGCGUACCUUAUUAGAUUGUACAACUUGGGAGGGGUAAGAUUGUAAUUUCAAACUCAAACUAGUGACGUGAAGUGACUAUUUAGCCAUAAAAUUCGUGUUAGAAUCCUGUUUGCAUAAGUAAAUGAUUAAAAAAAAAUUAAAAUACAUAACCUUUUCAAUACAUGUGAUUAAGAUAAUGCUUUUUUUGAAAUGAAAUCUGUUAAAUCAAUAUAAACGAACUACAUCCAAAUCCGGUAUAAGUUGUCAUGUGUUUGGUUUUUAUAUGAAUCAAUGAAGUCGAAGUGUGAAUUGUGUUAAACGGAAGAAUAUAUUUGUCUAUUUGUGGAUUUAUUAGGAC